AUGGAAAGCAUGCUACAAUUGGGCAUCUAUAUCAACAGUGUUGCUUGGGACUAUGUAUCAACACUUCUACCAACAACCAUACUCUUACAGAUAGAGCCUCAUGGACCACAUAAACUGUUAGUGCAACAAUUCUCCUCUAAGUUCCUGACUAUGGACGAAGAGCGGCUAUCUAUCUGUCAUCUAUCAGAUCAUUGUGGGAUUCAAGCUCCCACUGUCAUUUUGCAGCAAGGAUUAGUUUGUGUUCUUUACUUGGGAGUGGUAGGCUAUGUAUCAGUAAGGGAGCUUUUCUAUAAUGUACGAAUAUGCAUUUCCGCAACAUCACCGCCCCACUUUCAUGCUGCACAGGACAAACCCUCCUCAUCCCCUUCCCUCACCUUCUCGCACACUAUUUCUGAAAAGUUAGACACCAAGAACUACCUUCUUUGGUGUCAACAAGUUGAACCAGUUAUCAAAGGCCACCGUCUCCACCACUUCUUGGUCAAUCCCCAAAUCCCUCCAAAAUUUCUUUCAAUUUUUGACAGAGAUGCCAAUCGUAUCUCUGAAGCAUAUCUUGCGUGGGAACAGCAAGAUCAGUUACUUCUCUCUUGGUUACAGUCAUCCAUGUCCAAAGACAUGCUCACACGAGUCAUAGGAUGCAAAUCUUCCUUCCAAAUCUGGGACAAGAUUCAUGCGUACUUUCAUGCGCACACCAACGCCAAAGCCCGUCAAUUGCGUGGUGACCUUCGCGGCACAACUCUUGACAACCGUUCCAUCUCCGAUUAUCUCCUUUGCAUCCAAACCCUGGUUGAUGCCCUCACAGCUAUUGGCAACCCUGUUUCUCCCAAAGAACAUCUUGAUAUUGUCCUUGAAGGGCUUCUGGAGGAAUAUGAAUCCACUGUUUCUCUCAUCAGCAACCGUUUUGAUGAAUUGACCAUAGAAGAAGUUGAAACCCUUCUUCUUGCCCAUGAAUCACGCCUUGAGAAAUUCAAGAAAAAGAAUCCCUCACUGUCAAUAUUCUUGAAAUCUCCUCGAGCUCUAAUUCCUCCCCCUUACCACCGCAAGCCGACCUCACCCAUCAAGACUCUCAAUUUCCCUCCUCUCGUGGUGGCAGACCUGGUGCGCGGUAUGGUCGUGGUGGACGAUCCAACAAUCGCUACGGACAUGGGCGUGGCAGGUUUGCUGGCGCUCAAUGCCAAGUCUGCCAUCGAUACGGCCACAUUGCAUCUUCUUGCUAUUACAGGUCCCCGACCACUCAACCCCACCUCAUCUCAGGCAUACCUUGUCUCCACUGGUGACCAUCAAGCUCAGGCUUCGCCCAUGGCAAUGACUGCUUUUUCUCCUGGUUCCAAUCUGUGGUACCCAGACUCUGGGGCAUCUAAUCAUGUCACCAACAUGUCCCACAACAUCCAACAAUUCACUCCCUUUGAAGGACCCGAUCAGAUCAUCAUUCGCAAUGGCCAGGGCCUUCCCAUAAAUUCUUCAGGUGUAGCUGCGUUCCCUUCUCCUUUAAAACCUCACAUCUCCCUUACUCUCAAUAAUCUUAUUUAUGUUCCAAAUAUCACCAAAAAUCUCAUCAGUGUGAGCCAAUUCUGCAAAGAUAAUUCUGUUUUCUUUGAAUUUCACUCAACUUGCUGUUUGGUUAAAUCACAGGACACUAAAGACACUCUCCUCAUGGGAGUUGUUGGCCCUGAUGGCCUGUACCAGUUUCCAUCACUGCUUCGGCCAAGACAACAAUCAGUCAUCACACCCUCUGCUAACACAACUUCUUGUAAUUCUGUUCCCUAUGCCACUUGGCAUUCUAGACUGGGACAUCCUCACAAUGAUGUAAUGAAAUCGGUGUUCAGACUUUGUAAUUUUCCUAUCAUGAAUAAAACUGUUUCUGAUUUUUGUACUCCUUGUUGUCUUGGCAAAUCUCACAAAUUACCUUCAACUUUAUCUAAAACAGUAUACCAUACACCGUUUGAAUUAAUAUACAGUGACUUAUGGGGCCCUGCACCUAUCACGUCUGAUAAUGGUUACCAAUACUAUGUUACCUUUGUUGAUGCGCACACUCGGUUUACUUAG